AUGCCGCCGAAAGUUCAACGAACCCCGGCGAAGAAGCAGACGGAAGAAGAUGAGUUGGACGGCCUCAUCCACCUCCGGAACCAGGAGAUGGACACCCUCGAGGAGCUCCAGACGGAACUCGCUGGUUGGGCACGAGCUGAUCGCACGGCUUCGGAUGUCCGAUCGCAUCUGAAGAACCUGGAGCGGAUCAACAACGACUUCAGUAACCUCCACCAGCGAAUUGUCCUCCUGACGGACUCCAAGACUCGAGAUCCACACGACGCAAAGAGGAAGGAGUUUAGAAAGCUGCACGAUCAGGUCUCCAGAACUCUCGAGCGAUGGGCGGAUGACCUCGCACCCGCUGUCGCUGUAGGUCCAUCCACGGCACUCCAACCAGCCAGGCCCCAACCGGUGAUCAUCUCGCAACCCCUGCCCAGAAUCAUCCCAAAAUUCGACGGCAAGUACGAAUCCUGGGACAGGUUCAAGGUUAUGUUCAAGGACGUCGUGGACAAGUCUAACGAGCCUGCCAGGAUCAAGCUCUACCACCUGGAACAAGCCUUGAUCGGAGAAGCUGCAGGUUCGAUCGACGAAAAGACCAUCCAGGAUGGCAACUACGAGCGAGCCUGGGAACUGCUGGAAGAGCGGUUCGAAGACAAGCGGCGGAUGGUCGAUCUCCACAUCGGCGGUCUGCUAGGAGUGCAGAAGUUGGAAGAGGAGAGCCACGCGGACUUGAGAUCCCUGCUGGACAACUUCACUGGACACGUCGAGAACCUCAAGUUCCUGGGCCAGGAGUUCUCCGGAGUGUCCGAGCAGAUCGCCGUCUACAUCUUGGCACACGCGCUGGACGAAGGAACCUACAAGCAGUGGGAGGCGACCAUCAAGCGUGGGGAACUCCCGAAAUACGAAGCGGCCAUCCAGUUCCUGAAGGACCGGGUCUCCGUUCUGGAACGGUGGGAGGCCACGAACAAGUCGGUACCGAAGCAGCGAAAACCAGCCAAGCCCUCCGCCAACAAGCCGUCUCAGCGAGCCAACGCGGCCACAACACCGUCGCAGCCGGAAUUCCGGUGCGAGAUCUGCGCCGAGGCACACCAAACGUUUCGAUGCUCAACGUUCCUCGGAUACACGGUGGCUCAGCGAAAGGACAAGGCGAGGGAGAAGAACCUGUGCUACAACUGCCUGCGGCCAGGACACUCAACGAAGCGGUGCUCGUCCAAGUACACCUGCGGUAAGUGCCAACGGAGACAUCACACAACCCUGCACGAACCACGAGAGCAGCAAGAACCUGCGCAGAAGCCGGCCACUCCCCAGAGUGUGGCCCCACAAGCGAACCAGCCACCAGUGGUCCAACCCGCUGGCACAUCUCAGCAGACGUCAAGCCAAGCGACCUGCAACCACACCCAGACGGUGAAGACCGUGAUGCUGCUCACCGCGGUCGUUAACCUGCUCGACGACCAGGGCCAAUCCGUGCCCUGUCGCGUCCUCCUCGACAACGGUUCCCAAGUGAACUUUAUUACGCUCACUAUGGCCGAUCGCUUAAAGCUACAAAGAGUUGCUGCCAACGUCCCGAUCUGCGGCAUCGGGGCCGUGAAGACCUACGCCAAGGAGUCUGUCACGGUCGAGCUCAAGUCCAGAGUCAGCAACUUCUCCGUCAACGUCGAGUGCCUGAUCGUGCCGAAAGUGACCGGGAUGGUUCCAGCUGUGCCAGUUGACAUCAACGAGUGGCCGAUUCCUGUCGGCGUCCAGCUGGCCGACCCAGCAUUCCACAAGCCUGACCGCAUCGACAUGCUGCUGGGGGUCGCAAUGUUCUUCCGGUUGCUAAAAUCGGGACAGAUGGAGUUAGCUGGCAAUCUACCGGAGCUGCGCGAGACUCACCUCGGCUGGGUCAUCGCCGGAGAAGUUGGAGACACCGUCCCAAGCCCGCAGUACACGCACACUGCCACACUCGACGACAUCAACGAAGCGAUCCAGAGAUUCUGGCAGGUCGAGGACAUCGACAGUGCCACAGCGGUCUCCACCGAGCAAGAAGAAUGCGAGGCGUUCUUCGCGUCCACCCACAAGCGAGAUCCAACCGGCAGGUACGAGGUACGCUUGCCAUUUCGUCCAGUCGUCGCCAAGCUCGACGACAACCGCAGCCUCGCUCUUCGGCGCUUCCUGUCGCUGGAACGGCGACUCGCCCGAGAUCCUGCUUUGAAGCUGCAAUACGGUGAGUUCAUUAGGGAGUACGAAACACUGGGGCACUGCAAGUCGGUUGAAGAGGCCGACGACUUACCGAACACGAACUGCUACUACAUGCCCCAUAACGCUAUCCUGCGCCCCUCGAGCUCCACGACCAAGUUGAGGGUCGUAUUCGACGCAUCUGCAAAGAUGUCCCCACGAGCGUGUCCCUGA